ACCUCACAUGAUACCCUAUAUAUAUGCAGUACUUCCUGCCAGUCGACAUUUCUGGUGAACGCUUCAAAACUUUCACAUUUCACGUUCCUCGCAAGAAAUAUUAAUUCCUUGUGCUUCCCAAUUUUCCUAUUAUUCAAAUUCCAAAUUCAAGCAAAAUGCUUGAUUGCCUGUCUCUAGCUUUUGUGGUGGCGGUGAAGGUCUUCAAGAAAACUACUCCAAAUGGAAAAAUCACGGUUUACCUGGGCAAGCGCGACUUCAUUGAUCAUAUAGAUUAUUGCGAUCCGGUCGAUGGAGUGGUGGUUGUUGAUACCGAGUACCUGAAAGGGAGGAAAGUUUAUAGUCAGCUGGUUACGACCUACCGCUAUGGUCGGGAGGAAGAUGAGGUUAUGGGAGUGAAGUUCUCUAAGGAAAUGGUUAUCGGCCAGGAACAGGUUGUGCCUUUGAUCAACUCGAAGAUGGAGUUGACCCCUGUGCAGGAGAAGCUGCUGAAGAAGCUGGGGCCCCAUGCAUAUCCCUUCACCUUCAACUUCCCUGAGAUGGCGCCCAGCUCGGUGACUCUGCAACCCGCUGAGGAAGACCAGGGAAAGCCAAUGGGCGUUGAAUACUGCGUGAGGACUUAUGUUGCUGAAAAUGAGGAUCAAAAGAGCCAUAAGAGAAGCUCUGUUACUCUUGCCAUCAAGAAACUUCAACAUGCUCCCACUUCCCGUGGACGUCGUCUUCCAAGCUCACUGGUCAGCAAGGGCUUCACUUUCAGCAAUGGAAAGAUCAACCUUGAGGUGACACUGGACCGGGAGAUCUAUUACCACGGCGAGAAGCUUGCUGCCAAUAUUAUAGUGUCUAACAACUCACGCAAAUCUGUGCGCAGCAUCCGUGCUAUGGUAGUGCAACACGUGGAGAUUACCAUGAUUAACUCCCAGUUCAGCCGUCAUGUUGCCUCUCUGGAGAGCCGUGAAGGAUGCCCUAUUACACCUGGGGCCAGUCUGUCCAAGACCUUCUACUUGGUCCCAUUGGCUCGCAGCAACAAGGAUAUUCGCGGCGUGGCUCUCGACGGCCACCUGAAAGAAGAUGACGUGAAUCUCGCCAGCUCCACCAUGGUGGCUGAAGGGAAAUGCCCGGCUGAUGCCAUUGGUAUCGUCGUGUCGUACUCCGUGCGAGUCAAGUUGAACUGCGGAACUCUUGGCGGAGAACUUGUGACUGAUGUGCCAUUCAAACUGUUGCACCCAGCCGAAGGAACAGUUGAGCGUCAGCGCUUCAAUGCUAUGAAGAAGAUGCAGUCGAUUGAGAGACACCGCUACGAGAAUUCUCUCUACACUAAUGAGGAGGAAGAUAAUAUCGUGUUUGAGGACUUCGCCCGCCUCAGGAUGAAUGAGCCGGAAUAAAAUCACAUAAAACAAAUACAAAAAAAGUGAAAAAUUCUAACAAAAAUCACAAAAAAUUCGCAAUGAAGUAAGAGUAGGCACCACGAAACUAGAGACCAAUUUCAUUUUGUCCUCUCUCCCGUUUUUAAAUUACUUACUUGAUUUUUACCUG